GCAACCAACCAUUGAAGCCUAUCAAUCCAUCCUUUGCAUUUUACCUGAAACUUCUAGCAGAUCAAUCUCAAGCUAGCUCCACCACUCCAAGAAGAAACAGAAGUAAUCAAUGGCAGCAACAAUGGCUACUACAAUGGCAAUAAUGAACGCCAAGUGCUUAAGCAGCACCACCAACUCAGUUAAACUCCCCAACCUCAAGCCAAUCACCACCACAAAACCUAUCUCCCUCCUCUCCAUCCAAAACCUCCCAAAAGGUCUAACCAGCUCAGCCCUAGCCGGAGCCAUCUUCGCCACCAUAAGCGCAUCCGAACCAGCCUUGGCUGCUCAACAAGUUGCUCAACUCGCCGAAGGCGACAACCGUGGCCUAGCCCUCCUCCUCCCCCUCAUUCCCGCCAUUGCAUGGGUCCUCUUCAACAUCUUCCAGCCUGCUCUCAACCAAAUCAACCGCAUGACCAACAAGAGCGUCAUCGUUGGCCUAGGGCUCGGCGGACUUGCAGCUUCGGGGUUCAUGUCAACUCCUGAAGCUUCUGCCAAUGAAAUGGCCAUGCUUGCUGAAGAAGCAGCAAAGGCCGGUGAUAGCAGGGGAACGCUCCUCCUCAUUGUGGUGGCUCCGGCUAUUCUUUGGGUGCUCUACAACAUUCUGCAACCAGCUUUGAACCAGCUUAACAAGAUGAGGUCAGAUUGAUAAGAUCGGUCCUGGAUUUUGUGAAGGGUGCGAUGGCACAAAGUUAAUAAUCACUUGUAAUUUGCACCUUUAUGUUGUCGAUUAUAUCUCGAUCUUUCAUGUUAAGUAGUAACCUUUUUUCUUUGUUCCCUGUUGUCCAAAUGCUCCAAGUGUUCAGAUAAUAUUAUUAGUAGAUUUGAUCAUUUUGAUGUGUAA